AUGAGCCAACUAGCCCCUCUCAAAGUCGCCCUCCUCGGCGCCGGUACCUUCGCCUCCACGACCCACCUCCACAUCCUCCUUCCUCUCAUUGCUGCCAACCACGUCACCAUCACCCUGGUAUGGUCUCGUCACUCCGGCCCAGCACACUCCCUCUCCGCCCACUAUCCAAACAAUCCCCCCGUCUACUAUCAGCUACCAUCGCACCCCACGCCCUACGCCUCUGUCGAAGACGCCCUCCGCGCCCACCGUGAGAGCGAUGCCGUCAUCGUCGCUCUACCUCCCGGUCCGCAGAACGAAUUUGCUAAACUUGCCAGAUUGCUCCAUUUCCACGUCAUGUUAGAAAAACCCCUCGCCCUGGACUUGCCCUCCGCCCGCGAUCUCCUUAGAACGAGCUCUGCAUUCGAAAAGGGCAAAGUACUCGCGCUCGCAGAGAACUUUCGCUUCGAGCCGGCACUGCUACGUGCGGCAGCGCUCGUGCGACAGGCCUGCGGGGGGGUAGUAACGGCUCGGCUUAACGUUAAAUCCCCGAUGCCCGAAGGCAGCCGCUACGGAAGGGGCUGGCGCCUCGAGUUGGACGGCCCGGGCAUUUUGCUGGACGGAUGCGUACAUCACUUUGCAGCCCUGAGGCUUGUGAUGGACGCCGAUAUCUGCCGCAUUGCCGCGAAAUGCCAUCGGAGGGCUGCGUGGUUCAAAGGUGCUGAUACUGUGGCGGGGUAUGCCAUCAUGACAAGUGGAGUCCAGGUGUCGGUUUUUGUCACGUAUGCGUCGAGUGUGCCCUUAUGGGAACUUGAGGUUGUUGGCGAGAAGGCCGAUGUCAUGGUGCGCAGGGACCGGAAUAGGGCCGGCUAUUCUGUGAGUGUAGUGAGCUGUGGACGAGAGAAUGGUCAGCGGGUUGAGGAAACAGAGCAUGUGCCUUUUGGAGGACUUGAAGCCGAGUUUGAAGCCUUUGUUGAGUCAUGCCGGAGCGCAAAGGUGCACCCUCGGCUUGAUGCCAUGCAUGGCUUCAACGAUAUGGCCGCCGUGUUUGCACUGUUCCAGUCAUCAGAGGAAGGUAGAGAGGUUACAGUCGAGGAGACUGGUGAUUUAUUGCCUCAUGAAGCGCCCUAG